AUGAAUAAUAGCAAUGACAAUACUGGUAUCCAAUGUUUAGAAAAAGAGAGAAAAGCUCUGCUCCAAUUUAAACAAAGCAUUCAAUUUGAUCGUUGUGGGUUGCUUUCUUCAUGGGCAGAAAACAACCAAGAUUGUUGUCAAUGGAAAGGCGUCCAGUGCAACAACCAUACGAGUCGUGUUGAAGGGCUCCAUCUUCGUGGUGUGCGAAUGGAUAGCCUUACUAACCGUUGUCUCGAAGGUAAUAUAAGUGCUUCCUUACUUGACCUCGAGCAUAUGAGUUAUUUAGACCUCAGUUUCAAUAACUUUCUUCGCCAGCCUAUACCGCCUUUUUUAGGCUCUCUUACUAGUUUAAAGCAUCUCAAUCUAUCCAAUGCUAAUUUUAAAGGAGAAAUUCCUCGUCAACUUGGGAAUAUCUCUGUAUUAGUAUCUCUUGAUCUUAAUUGUCGUUCUGAAUUGGAUCCAUAUGAUCGACCUUACGUGAAAAACUUGUGGUGGCUUUCGCGUCUUACAUUAUUGACAGACAUCAAUUUGAGUGGUAUUGAUCUUAGUGAAGUUACUGGUUGGUACCAUAUUAUAAAUAGUCUCCCUUAUUUAAGAGUCCUUAAGAUGAGAGAGUGUCAACUUGCUCCAACAUAUCCAUCAUCACUCUCAUAUGCUAAUUCCUCAAGUAAUCUUAGCAUAGUUAGCCUUUCUAGCAAUGACUUCAAUAAUGCUUCAAUUUUCAAAUGGCUGUUUAAAUUGAAAGGAAUAAAUACUAGUUUGGUGCACCUUGAUCUCUCUUAUUGCUUACUUUUAGGUUACAUUCCGGAUGAUCUUGGUGGAAUGAGCUCACUUUCAUAUCUUGAUAUGAGUAUAAAUCUUCUAUUUGGUUUGAUCCCAAGUUCAAUCUGGAAUAUGCCUAAUCUUUCGUAUCUUUCCUUGAGUUGGAACGCGCUUAGUGGUCUUAUAUCAUUUCCUGACAAUAUUGCAAAUCAUACACUCACUCAUCUUGAUCUAUCUGGGAAUAGUUUUGAAGUAAGCACAACUCUUUUGAAAUUUCUUACUCAGUUAUGUGGCUUACAAGAACUCGACUUAAGUAGCCAAAAUCUCCCCUUUGAGUUCUCUGUUAUAAUGAAAUCCUUGUCUGUAUGUUCACUAAACACACUAGAAACUCUAGAUUUGAGUAACAACAUGGUUUGGGGUUCAAUUCCUGAUAUGAUCAGCUCAUUUUCUUCUUUAAAAGGGUUACUUCUUUAUGGUAAUCGUCUGAAUGGCACAAUUAGUCAAGGUAUUGGACAACUUUCUAUGCUUGAGGAGUUGGAUUUUUCAUCCAAUACUUUGUCGGAUACUCUCAGUGAUAAACACUUGGCAAAUCUCUCGAGUCUACGUACACUAUCCUUGUCAGAAAACCCGGAGCUAGUGGUGAAUGUCAGUAGUAAUUGGGUUCCUCCAUUUCAGCUAGACUCCUUGACUCUAGGUUCUUGCAAGUUGGGACCUCACUUCCCAGAGUGGCUUAAAACUCAAAACAACUUCUCAUGGCUUGACAUUUCCAAUGGCGGAAUUUCAGGCUCUAUUCCUGUUUCUUUUUGGAAGUCAUUGCCAUCUAAACUCCAACUUUUGGAUGUGUCACGUAACAGUAUUUAUGGGACAGUUCCAGAAGUAUCGAUUACCUUCGAUAACCUCCCUCGAAUAAACAUGAGUACAAACCAGUUUAGUGGCACCAUACCAAGCUUUCUUGUAAAUGCUUCAAUGUUGUACCUAGACAACAACAAGUUUUCUAACCUGACUACUUUCCUGUGUCCAAAAGCCAUAACUUCUUUAACUUUUUUAGACCUCUCAAACAACUUAUUCUCAGGGGAGCUUCCAGAUUGUUGGAUGUACUUUGAUCAAUUAGCUACCCUUUACAUGGAUAACAAUCAUAUUUCAGGAAAUCUACCAACAUCCACGAGUGAACUACAAAACCUUCAAGCGUUACACUUGCGUAACAAUAGUCUUUCUGGAGAAACACUCAUGCCUUUGGAGAAUUGUUCUUCUUUGGUUGUCCUAGAUCUUGGUUAUAAUUCAUUAACUGGUCAUAUACCGCGUGAAAUUGGAAAUAGUUUUCAAAAUCUCAGCGUUCUCAUCUUAAGAAGCAAUGAAUUUGUUGGGGAUCUUCCUUUAAGUCUUUGCCAACUUUCGCGUCUCCAAAUAUUAGACCUUUCGAGUAAUCUCAUCUCUGGAACUGUUCCUGCAUGCAUAUACAACCUUACAGCAAUGACAAACACUACUGAUCUUUUACCUGCAAUUGGUAUCAAGGGAAUUUAUGCAUCAUCAGAUUCUGCAAAGCUCAUGUGGAAAAGACAAGAACAGAGUUUUAGCAACUCUUUAGGCCUAGUUAAAUCCAUAGAUUUCUCAAACAAUAAGUUGGAAGGCCAAAUUCCCUCCCAAAUUUCACUUCUUACAGGUCUGUUUUCUUUAGACUUUUCAAGAAACAAUCUCAGUGGGAGUAUAACUCCCAAGAUUGGAGAAUUGUCAUCUUUAGAAUUACUUGAUUUAUCAAACAACAAUCUCUCUGGCAUCAUACCUGCAAGCCUUUCGAACUUGAGCUCUCUCGCGAUAUUGGAUUUAUCCAACAAUAGAUUGACAGGGAGAAUUCCUAUGGGUACUCAGUUGCAAACGUUUAAUGCAUCACAAUAUGCUGGUAACCCUGGACUUUGUGGUGAUCCACUUCCAAAAUGUCCCGGGGAUACACAACCUGCUAGGCCAAUGAAUGCAAAUCAACAUAAAGAGGACGACAAUGAUAUCUUUCCUGGAUUGUACAUAAGUAUUGUGUUUGGAUUCAUCGUUGGAUUUUGGGGAGUUUGUGGAACUCUAGUGAUCAAAACCUCGUGGAGGCGUGCCUAUUUUCGAUUCUUUGAUGACACGAAAGAUAAGCUUUAUAGAACAUGGAGGAAACCUACAACAUAG